AUGAAGCAAAUCACCUGGAAAGACGUCGGCGUCGAGAACGGGUUCCCGUUGAUCUCGCCCGGUUACGUCACUGAUCCCUCAAGCAAGCUGCUUUUCAGCAGUGGGUGUGUCGGCACAGAUGCCAACAACGAACUGCCCGAGGACCUCGAACAGCAGGCGAGAAACGCAAUGCGCAACUUGCAAACGGUCCUCGAGACAUCGGGGUCGUCGCUGUCGCACGUUCUCAAGGUGUUGCUCUUUGUUUCGGACCCCGGAUACGCCGGAGUUGUGAAUAAAGUGUUCAAAGAAUUCUUCCCAAACCAACCGGCAAGAUCGUGCAUUGUGGUUUCGUUCCCCAACAACAAGUUGAAGGUCGAGCUCGAGUGCAUUGCUGAGAUUCCCAAGCAAAAGAAAAAGAAGAGAUGGUUCAAGUUGUGA